AUGCAGGACCUACAUGAUCGCAAUCCGCAUCUAGUAGGUGAGUGGAGAGUAUACGACUGCCGCCGUGACCAACCCCUACUGCACUGUGAUGGAUAUUGUGCCCCUCGAGCUCGCUCGCAGGCCUGCAGCACCCCGGCACGCACUACAAGGGCGGAGAGAUUGCCCCCCCUGCGUGGCCACGAUGGCGCCGACUAUAUCACGGGCUUCAAGAUAGCGGUCUCCGGCGCCCUGCAAAAGGUUCACUAUAAACUGGUUUUUGUGCCCGCCCCGCGCGGCCCUCAGCGCUGGGAGCUCUUCAGCGUCAAGCAGGACCCGGGGGAAAUCCAAGAUUUGGGCAAGGAAGAGCCGGAGCGCUUCGCCAGCAUGAUGGAGCCGUGGGAGGCAUAUAAACGCGAGGUGGGCGUUGUAGGCGUUGCGGGCGAGUUUUCCCCUGUCAUUCUCGGCCACAAGGUGCGUAUUCGUGAUGAGUUUGGUGACCCCUAUGAUUGA